AUGGUUCCGAUACGGCUGAAAGUUGUGGCACGGCUGCUCAAUGGCCGGGAUGCACCGUUAGCGUCACGGAUAUCGACCGCAACUGCGGGAAGCCGCGCAUACUUUCGGCCACGUACACCGCAACUUACCCCAGCUCCGGAACGCGUCCGUCCCCUUCAAUCACGUGUCUCCGCUCUCACACGAGCAUCCCUUUCGCGUCAUAUCUCUUCAUCAUCAACGAAAGCUCCGCACAAUUCGCAACAUGCCUCCUCACUGCUCGAUCCUACGCGGCAGCAACUCUACCACUCAGCCUUUCCUACCAAAACCGUCAUCUUCCUCCUCAUCCUCGGCGGCGCUGCCUUCUACUUCAUCGACGUACGAUACAAAGACUGGGCGGACCAUAUUCUGGAUUCCUUCAACGGCGAGCCCGGCGCCACCCCUCUCCAUUUCUACAAAGACCGCGAUGAGGUCGACCACUGGAUUCAGUACCAUAUCCCGGAUCCGAGCGCGCCGUUGAGAGACCCGGAGGUCCUGAAGCAGAUCAAUGAUCGGUUUGCCGAGAUUACGUUUGGGUGGGCGAUGAGCGAGGAGGAUGCUGUGGAGGCGGGGAUGCCGGUUACGCAUGGGUGUCGGUUUCGGAGUAAUGAGCCUUGCGAAGACUACUAUUCCCUCGGCACCGCCCCCGGUCCUGGCUCCAAACCCUGGAACUACUGGUCCAUCUUCGACGGACACGCCGGCCGCCACACCGCCUACUAUCUGCAGUGGACUCUACACCCAACGCUCUCUCGCGCCCUGUCCAACCUCUCCCCCGCCUCCUCCAGCUCCGUCAUCGACACCACCAUCAAAGACGUCUUCCUCAAAAUCGACGCCGACCUCCUAACACGCGCCCGCCACGCCGCAAACUGGUACCCGGCCGCCAAUGCAGCAGCCAUCGCGGCCCUGACCCCGGCGUUCAGCGGUUCCUGCGCACUGCUCGCGGCCUUCGACCCGGAGAGCUCGAAACUGCGCGUAGCAUGCACCGGCGACUCGCGCGCAGUCCUGGGCCGCUGGGACCCUUUGGAGGAGAAAUACGUGGCCCAACCUCUCAGCAAAGACCAAACCGGAUUCAACGAGGACGAAGUGAAGAGGCUCGCAGAAGCCCACCCCGACGAACCCGAUAUCAUCGACCCGAAAACCGGCCGCUUGCUUGGCAUAGCAGUCACGCGAGCCUUCGGCGACCACCGCUGGAAAUGGGAGAACGACUUCAUCAAGCAAGUGCAGCUCAAGUUCUGGGGCACUGCGCCGCGGCCAGACUCGAAGACGCCGCCGUACAUGACAGCGGAGCCAGAGAUCACAGAGACACAGGUCGUGCGGGCGGGGCCGAAGCCUAAGAACGGGAAGGCUGCUGGAGGAGCAGCUAGCGACGGCAUAAAAAGCGACUUCAUGAUCAUGGCGAGCGACGGGCUAUGGGACCACAUCUCCAGCGAGCACGCCGUCGAAUGCGUGCAGCGCUGGCUCGAAGCCCGCGCCCGCGGCAACGGCAGCGUCGCCAAAGACCCGCAGCUCACGUCCCCCCUCUUCACCCCGUCCUUCCAGCUCGACCCCGGCGUCGCCUACGACAUCGAGAAGGGCGCGGACAUCCGCUGGCAAGCCACCCCGGAGUACUUCGCCAUCGAAGACGACAACGCGGCGGUGUGUCUGGCGCGCAACGCUAUGGGCGGCACGCGCAGGGGCUUGUUUAUGGGCCUGCUGAGCAUUCCGGGGCCGAUGUGCCGGUCUGCCGUCGACGAUACGACGGUCAUGGUCGUGUUUUUUGAUCGCCUGGAGGGCGAGGGGAGGGAGCUGAAGAGGAAGGAGAAGAGCAAGUGGUGGCCUUGGUGAGUUACGCGUGCGUGUUUGAGUUUGAGCGAUAGCUACCGGUGGAGGAGGGGAAGUGGGUGGUGGGGAUUGUAUUAACAUAUUUGUGUGUGUAGGACGCGGAUUUGGGACGCUGAAGCCGUGGGCGAGGCGUGAGCUCAGCUGUCCUCUUUGCGCUGGAAUAGUCGCAUUGGGAGGCCACCGUCUUCGAAACCAGAGCUAAACAUACCCUUGGACCUGCGAAAAUACCCUGUAUA